GCAGGAGGGGCCGGCCCGGGCGGUGCUGGCGGCGGCAGGAGCAGGAGGAGGAGGAAGAAGAUGGUGGCCGCUGGACGAGCGGCUUGCUGCUGGGCUUUCCGCCCUGCGCUGCAUCGCCACCCCCGUCGGAGCCACCCUGCCUGCUGAGGAGGCGGUGCGGACCCGCAUCAGGAGAAGCUGUUUGAUAACAAUGAUUGCCUGAAUCACAGUCGUGGCCAGUGCAGCCGUAUGCAUUACAUCUGCUUUCUAUGUGAUAGACAAAAUGUCAGCAGAAUAAGAGACCUACUCUCCAAAACUUGCCAUGAACCAUUUGGUUGGACCACCUGAGGGGGACAUCAGUGAAGAGCCAGCAAAUGGAGCAGUGAGUGAGUCAGUGGAAGCUGACCUGGAACACUCAGAGGUGGAAGAGGAACAGAGGUAUGCAGUUCGUUACCCAAGGCACAACAACAGCAGCCACGUGGGUCUGUCUGGGCAGGAGGAGGAAGGCAUGUUAGCUCGGUCAGCCAGCACUGAGAGUGGUUUCCACAGUCACACGGAUACUGCAGAAGGGGAUGUGAUAGCCACAGUGGAGGACAGUUACAACGUUGAGAGAGUGCAGGAAAACGAGGAUGAGAGUGCAUAUGCAGUGCAGUACAGGCCUGAGUCCGAGGAGUACACGGAGAAUGCAGAGGCUGAGCAUGGCGAGGCCAUUCAUAACCGAACAUUGCCCAAUCACUUACAUUUCCAUUCCAUUGAGCACGAGGAAGCCAUGAAUGCAGCCUACUCGGGCUAUGUCUACACACAUCGCCUCUUCCACCGAGGAGAGGAUGAACAGUAUGCCGAGGCUUAUGCUGACUAUGGGCUGCAGGAGCAUGUGUAUGAGGAAAUAGGAGACACACCAGAUCUUGAUGGUAGGGAGGGCAUCCAGCAGUAUGAACGGGAGAGAGAGGAAGCCGACAAUUACCGCAAGGAGGCACUUGGUGCCCGCCUUCACCAUUAUGAUGAACGGUCUGAUGGAGAGUCUGACAGCCCUGAAAAGGAAGCAGAGUUUGCACCCUACCCAAGAAUGGACAGUUACGAGCAAGAGGAGGACAUUGAUCAAAUUGUAGCAGAGGUGAAGCAGAGCAUGAGCUCCCAGAGCUUAGACAAGGCAGCUGAAGACAUGCCAGAGUCAGAGCAGAGUUUGGAGCAUGGCCACGCUCUUGUCACUGGUGGGCAUGAAAGUAAUGGCCAGCUAACAUCUGGUUCUCGAGUUACGUCUGGCUCGGGCGAAUCUGUACAGAGGUACAGCAAGGAAAAAAGAGAUGCAAUUUCACUGGCCAUCAAGGAUAUUAAAGAGGCUAUUGAAGAAGUGAAGACGAGGACCAUCCGUUCUCCUUAUACCCCUGAUGAACCUAAGGAGCCUAUCUGGGUGAUGCGGCAGGACAUCAGUCCAUCCAGGGAUUCUGACGACCAGAGGCCACUAGAUGGGGAUUCUCCAUCUCCAGAUUCCUCUUCACCUCGAGGUGCUGAAUCAUCAAGCAGACAACAUCAGCAGGAUGUCUGCAGUACAGCAGAGGCUUCCACUAAUAAAGAGUCCAGAAAAAGCUUGGCUUCAUUUCCAACAUAUGUUGAAGUUCCUGGACCUUGUGAUCCUGAAGACUUAAUUGAUGGAAUCAUUUUUGCUGCCAAUUACCUUGGUUCAACUCAACUCCUUUCUGAUAAAACUCCAUCCAAGAAUGUGAGAAUGAUGCAGGCUCAGGAAGCUGUCAGCAGGAUCAAGAUGGCCCAGAAAUUAGCCAAAAGCAGGAAGAAGGCUCCAGAAGGUGAAUCUCAACCCAUGACUGAAGUGGACCUGUUCAUUUCUACACAGAGAAUAAAAGUACUGAAUGCAGACACACAGGAAACCAUGAUGGAUCAUCCCCUGCGGACCAUUUCUUACAUUGCUGAUAUAGGAAAUAUAGUUGUUUUGAUGGCUCGUAGGCGAAUGCCACGCUCUAACUCCCAGGAUAAUGUGGAAGCAUCUCACCCCUCUCAAGAUGGAAAGAGGCAGUACAAAAUGAUUUGUCACGUCUUUGAGUCUGAGGAUGCACAGCUGAUUGCACAGUCCAUAGGUCAAGCAUUUAGUGUGGCCUACCAAGAAUUUCUGAGGGCAAAUGGAAUCAACCCAGAAGACCUUAGCCAGAAGGAAUAUAGCGACUUGCUUAAUACCCAGGACAUGUACAAUGAUGAUCUGAUUCACUUCUCCAAAUCUGAAAAUUGCAAAGAUGUUUACAUUGAAAAGCAAAAGGGAGAAAUUCUAGGUGUGGUGAUUGUGGAGUCUGGCUGGGGAUCCAUUUUGCCUACAGUUAUCAUAGCCAACAUGAUGCAUGGAGGACCAGCAGAGAAGUCUGGGAAGCUGAACAUAGGGGACCAGAUCAUGUCAAUCAAUGGGACCAGCUUGGUUGGUUUACCACUCUCAACAUGUCAGAGCAUUAUAAAGGGUUUGAAAAACCAGGCUCGGGUUAAACUGAACAUAGUUAGAUGUCCUCCAGUAACCACAGUCUUGAUCAGAAGACCAGACCUCAGAUAUCAGUUGGGCUUCAGUGUGCAGAAUGGGAUUAUCUGUAGCCUUAUGAGAGGAGGCAUAGCAGAGCGAGGAGGUGUGCGUGUUGGUCAUCGAAUCAUUGAAAUCAAUGGGCAGAGUGUUGUAGCAACACCCCAUGAGAAAAUUGUUCACAUCCUCUCAAAUGCUGUUGGUGAGAUCCAUAUGAAGACCAUGCCAGCUGCCAUGUACAGACUGUUGACUGCACAAGAGCAACCAGUUUACAUCUGAAGCCGACACUUCACCACCGCAGUGUGCAUGGAAGAUGUUUUUCCUCAUUAGUGCUUGUCUCUCUAGUGCUGCAUUUCUGUGUCUGCAAAGACAUUUCUUUCUCUCCCCCCAAUCACAGACACAAAUACACUGUUGCUUUCCCCUUCAUCCCUUUUUCCUCUUCUUCCCACCAUUUUCCUGCAUUUUGAUAAGGGGCAAAAUGUAUCUGUGGAACUAUUUUGGUUGCAUCUUUUUACAAGUGAAACUUCAUACAGCUCUACAUGCAAAACAGGAAAAUAACAGCAGCAUAGUUUACAGAAGUGUUCACAGAUAGCUCUAUUUCAUGCUACAUAAUCAGCUUUAUUUCUGUGGCUGUAAUUUUACAAAAUGAGUAAAUUAAAUGUUGCUGAAUGAAAAACAAUUACUUUACCAAAUAGAUUGAAGUAUAGGGUGAAAGGUGUUCUCUUGGAAAUCCUGCCUGUGACUUUGCUUCUCUUCCCCUAUUUUCUCACAGGCACCAAAGUAAUAAAGGUUUGUACUAAAGGUUAGUUCUAAAGGUUUGUUUCUAUGGGGAAAGUAGAAUACCAGAAGGAUUAUUUUGGCCUCAGGAAACUUUGCCUGCUUAUAAAGACUCAGUAAAUGCUGCUGUUGUAAAAUGAAUUGUCCAAAUACACAUCUUUUAAUUCCCCUCUGUCAUCAGUUCUUCAUGAUAGUAGAUACUAUCUAGUAGAAAGAUACUCUGUAAGUUCCUGAAACAUGUUAUUCUUGCAUUACUUACACUAAGAAAUUUGGGAGGCAUUUUUUUACAGCUGCCUCCUCCUCUCUGCCCCCACGUUUCUAGUUUUCUCCAGCUUUGUGUUUUAUAGUUCCUUCCUGAUUUUAGAGGUUAAAGAAGUGUGGGGGGGAGAAUCUUUAAAUAGCCACAAGAAAAAUACUGAGGGGAUCUGCUGAAUAGCUACACUUUUUCUAGGCUCUUAAUUCCAAUUUUGGUGCACAUAGCCAUGUGUGCCAGUGUAUAUAGGCAUUUUUAAAAUUGUGCUUCCUAUUUAUGAAGUUUGAAUAUAAGAGAUCUGCAGACUAUUCUAAGUAAUUUUGUUCUCUGAGCCAGUUUUAACAUAUAUUUUUGUCCAAAGACCUGUCUAAUUUUAUUGACUUCCUGUUUAGUUCAUGAUAUAGGAAACAGUUGAAAGGAUGAGGCAGGAAUAAACUUAUUUAUUUUGUUAUAUAAUUUAGCUUGUGACUUUUUCCCAUAUGUAUGGCACUUACAAGAGAUAUGUGUGUACUAUAUGCACUUGUAUGAAGAUGACUAACUGUAGGGAUGUAUGAAAUCUUGUAUUUAAUUAGCCUCUAAGUUGCAUGCUAGAGACAAAAGGGGAAAAGGGGGUUGGGUUGGCUUCUUUGGUUUUUUUAAGAGGGUUCAAAAUAAAAAAGAAGUGUCUUUUCUUCCUAGUGAGAGAAUUCUACAUUCUCUGUAGUUACUUUUUUCAGGACUGUAUACUGGUAUUUAUACUGAAGUUGAACCAUGUGUUUAGUCAGGCUAGUAUGUUGAUUUCUUUUAAAGAAACAGUUUGUGCUGUGUUUUGCUGUGAUGGAAAGGCUCAGCGAGAUGAAAACAAGACAACACACAGCCACACGCCACUUCUGCUUUGCAAAUGCGGUGUUGUUCAUAGUCACUUGUGUCUCACUUGUUGUGAUGUGAGCUGUGCAAUGUAAGCGUUGCUUGCAGUCCAGUGAUGAUCCUAGACAUUGCUAUGGGGAUUCAUGGAAGUGGAUGUGUGCAUGUGCACUUGUUGCAAACACUGCUGAGAACCACUGAGCACUCUUGUCAGGGGUACGUGUUUUGGCUUUCUGAAGUCAUGGAUCACCACGGCCUGAUUAGAGUUAGAGGAUAAACUGUAUUUCUGUGGGAAGCAGAUAUUUAAGGGACGUUAAUGAAGCGGUGCAUAAACUGUUAUAGUAAGGGGAUAUGUUUUAGUGUUGAGAUUAAUGUACAAUUACUUGAUUUUACUGCAUUUCUUGUUGUUAUAUAAUUUAAUCCAAGACUCCAGAAUAGCAGAUUGCACAAGAGAAUGGUGUUAGUAUUCCAGGUUAGUACUUAACUCUGCUGCCUCACUGAUGCAACAAGAUAAUUAAUGGCUUGUGAGUAUGUUUAACUGUAGACAUCUGGUUUAUGCUAUUUUGAAGCCUUUUUCUAGAACUUUCCAUAUAUAUAGUAAUAAAUGUAAAUAUGGUAUAUAACCAUGUACAAUUUAGAAGAUUAUAUACAGUGCAGCCUUUCCAUAAAUUGCCUGAGGAAACUUUGUGAACGCUUGAUGACACAGUUACCAUGCUUCUGGUUCCUGCUAUGUGUAUGCCCUUCACUUGUUUCUGUGGUUCUGUCUAGCCCACUUCUGUGGUGAAGUCUUUAGCUCACUUCAUGUGAAAAUUAUGAAGAUCUGAAUAUGCAAAUGUAUUAAGAAACCACUGUUUCUUUGGACAUUUUGCAGCCAGGGGCUUGUGAAGCUACUGUUCAUCCUAAAUAAGUGCUUAAAAUUAAGCAAAUGAAUGCUUGCAGGACCAGAGCUUAGCAAAAAAAAAAAAAAUCUCAUUUUUUUCAAUUGCAGUAUGUGCAUAAGAUUUCUAAACUGAGAGGUCCAUAGUGUGUGCACACUUCUGAGAACAGUCUCGUAAACAAUCCCAUUUUACUCUGUAAACAGAGUUUCAAGAAAAUGGAACUCAAAUGGGAAAGCUGGCUGUUCUCUAGAUUGUUGCAGCGGUAUGAUAGAUCAGAUAUGGGGAUUUUUAACAGAUGCAAAGGAACAUUCCUUCAAAGGUUUACAUUCCUUCUUUAGUGACAGGCCUGAAUUCUUUUUCUUUCAUCCUUGCUGCUUCGUAUAGUCCAAUUAACUCUUCAGUGUUUACAUUAAGGAUGAAACAUCCCUUGUAUUUUUUUAUUUUUGAGAAGUUUCACGUUUGUUUUGAUCUUGUUGGAGUCUCAGUUUGGAUUUCCAAGUUUGCUAGCUUUCCUUCUUUUCUAAAAGUUAUGUAUUUCUCAAGACCACAACAUGGUUGAGAUCUCUUGUAUAUAUUUAGCGCAGUACCUAGACUAUGAAGUUGUACUAUUGUUCUGUAAAGAGGAUGAAUAGAAAUUAUUGCAAAGCAUUGGGAAAAGCAUAGUAUUGUAUUUGUAACAAUAUUGUUCUUUGUAAACAUUUAAUGAUCUCUAUAUAAAAAUAUAAAUAUAUAUAUAUAUAAAUAUAUGUGAGCCUGGAAUGUUGAUAUUGCACAUCUACUGAAUGUAAUUACUCUGAUGUUUUCUGCCACAGGUCUCUGACCUCUCUAAUGAAGCUGUGCUGGUUUGAUUUGGGGGAGAGACAGAGGGGAGAAGAGUGGGCUUUUUGCUUUGGAUGGGACAGGGUAAGGGGUUUCUGGCCAGUUAUUUUGUUGUGAUGUAUUUACUGUGCUACAUUCCUUUAUUUAACAGAGCGCUAAUGUCUGUAAGAUUUGCAACAAUAAACUACAAAACAAAAAUGCCUCAGACAAGGCUGAGAAUUUGCUCCUACUGACCUAGAGGCUGAUUUGCCAGUGCUGAAUGUAUAGAUAAUUGGAAGGUGUCUGAACUUCUUUUUGCCACUUAGUCUGGAGUAAUUCUAAUCUGUAUUUCUGCAGGCGUGAAGCAAUGCUGCUACCUUUAUUGUUAAAACAGCAUUCUUUUCAGGUAAUACAUGACACUAGUGCUCCUGAAGAAAGGUGAUACCUAAUCUAAGGUGGCAUCCCAGUUUUUACUGUGUGAAAUGCCACUGUGAUUUUGAUAGAAAUAUUAUUUCUCUGACUGAAUAACUUUAAUUAGGAAUUUUUCAUAAAUGGAGAUUUGAUAAAAAUUCUUUACACCUAAUUUCUGAAACAACUGUUUUCCUUUAAAUGUCAUCAGCAUGGUUUAUUAUUAAAAACCUAACACCAUUUGAAUAAAUAAAAAGUAGAAUUGUGA